AUUCUUUAUUUUGCUGAGUUUUUUUUUUUUUUUUUUUAUUUUAAAAUAAUUAUUUUUAAUUAUAGGUAUUUUUUUUCUUGAACUAUAAUAAAUUCUUCCUUUUCUGUUACCUUUCCCCUCUAUUUUGAUUUUAUUUCUUGUAUAUUUAUAUCUAUAGUUCUUUUAAUUAGAGGAUCUAUUAUUUUUUAUUCUUACUUCUAUAUAGACAGAGAAAUUUAUAAGACUCGAUUUUUUUUUCUUAUACUUUUAUUUGUUGUAUCUAUAAUUUUUUUAAUCCUUUGUCCUAAUUUUUUUUGUAUAUUAUUGGGUUGAGAUGGUUUAGGUUUAAUUUCUUAUUGUUUAGUAAUUUAUUAUCAAAAUUUUAAAUCAUUUUCAUCUGGUAUAAUUACUGCUUUAACUAAUCGGGUUGGAGAUGUAUUUAUUUUAGCUUCUAUUGCUAUAUUUUUUUCUAUGGGGAGGUGAAGAUAUAUAAAUUAUGUUUUUUCUUUAAAUUUAACUUGAUUAAGAAUUUUUUUUCUUAUUGCCUCUUUAACUAAAAGAGCUCAAAUUCCUUUUUCUGCUUGAUUACCUGCUGCAAUGGCAGCUCCUACUCCCGUUUCUUCUCUUGUUCAUUCUUCUACUUUAGUUACUGCUGGAGUUUAUAUUAUAAUUCGUUUUAACUAUUUUCUUUCAGAAAACUUAAAAUUUUUUUUAUUGUUUAUUUCUCUUUUAACUAUAGUAAUGUCAGGAAUUUCUGGAGUAUUUGAAUAUGAUUUAAAAAAAAUUAUUGCUUUGUCUACAUUAAGACAAUUAGGUUUUAUAAUAACUUCUAUUAGAUUAAAUCUUUCCAAUUUAGCUUUUUUUCAUCUUGUGACUCAUGCUAGAUUUAAAGCUCUUUUAUUUAUAUGUGCUGGUAUAUUUAUUCAUAACUUUUUCGAUAAUCAAGAUAUCCGAUUUUUUGGUCUUAUAAAUAAAAAUUUUUCUUUUUCUUUAUCUAUAUUUAAUGUAGCUAAUUUAUCUUUAUGUGGAUUUCCUUUUUUAUCUGGAUUUUUUUCUAAAGACUUGAUUUUAGAAUUAUUUUUGUUAAAAAAAGUUAAUACACUUUUUUUUGUGUUAAUUUUUUUAGGAACUUUUUUAACUGUAUUUUAUACUUUUCGUUUAAUUUAUUUUUUAAGUUUAAAAAAUCCUUUUUAUUAUCCUCUUGAAAUUUCUAAUAAAAAGUUAGGAAUUGAAUAUUCUAUAGGAUUUUUGUUUUUGUUUUCAAUUUUUUUAGGUUUUUUUGGUUCUUUAUUUUUUUUUUUUCCUUAUAAUUAUGUUGUUUUACCUAUUACUUUAAAGGUUCUGGUUUUAGUUUUAUGUUUUUUUUCUAUUUUUUUUUGUAUUAUUUUUUCUAGAAGAUUAUUUUGCUUUAAUUCUAAAAUUUCGCUUUUUUUAGGUCAAAUGUGAUUUCUUUACUUUUUAAAAACUGAUUUUUUAAAAUUUCCUUUUUUUAAUUUUUCUUUUAAAGUGUCUAAGUCUUUAAAUGGAUUUUCUGAACUUUUUUUUGGUUUUUAUUUAUAUAAAUAUUUAUUUUUUAUUUCUUCUGUUUCUAAUAAAUAUUUAAAAAGUUUGUUUUCUUUUUUUUUCUUUAUAUUUUUAUAUUUUUUUUUUGUAUUUAUUUUUAUAAACUUAUAA